AUGUCAUUGCCUAUAGAAGAAAGUCCGAUUAUUAAUUCGGAUAUAGAAAAUGAUAUUACUAGUGAUCAUCGUAAUUUAAUUGAGACGGGACCAGUGGAAGAAACAACAGGAUGGAUCAAAUGUCGAACAGUACUUGGCAUCAUGGGUUUCUUGGGUUUUGCAAGUGUCUAUGCAAUGAGAGUAAAUUUGUCUGUUGCUAUUGUUGCAAUGGUCAAUGCUACAAAACCCAUACCCAUGAACACUUCAGAUGUUGAUGUAUGUCCUGCAAGUCCUCCCAGCAAUACUUCUAUUCCUCAAAGGCCUGGAGACUUCAACUGGACUAUGCAACAACAAAGCAUAGUUUUAGGUUCAUUUUUUUAUGGAUAUGUAUUAACACAGAUACCUGGUGGAAGAAUAGCAGAAAUGUAUGGAGGAAAACUUGUAUAUGGCUUCGGAAUAUUCUUUACAGCAGUAUUUACAAUUCUUAGUCCAAUUGCAGCCUAUACAGAUAUUUCAUUCUUCAUUGCUGUUCGAGCAUUAGCAGGGUUUGCUGAAGGUGUUACUUACCCUGCAAUGCACGCUAUGCUAGCUCGAUGGAUACCACCAUUAGAGAGGUCGAAAUUCGCCGCUUAUGUUUAUGCCGGUUCAAACAUAGGCACAGUUAUAACUUUACCUAUAUCUGGUUGGUUUUGUACCUUAAAUUUUAUGGGCGGAUGGCCUCUAUGUUUCUACGUAUUCGGAGGUAUCGGAGUUAUAUGGUUUGUCUUCUGGUUGUUCCUGGUGUAUGACACGCCGCAGAAGCACCCGAGAAUUUGUCCGAAAGAAAUUGAAUAUAUUACGAUGACUACUGGUCCGCAUGAAGACAAACCGUCAAUGGCUAUACCAUGGAUGAAAUUUUUAAAAUGUGUGCCACUGUGGGCCAUCCUCAUCGCGCAGUGCGGCCAGGGCUGGGUGUUCUACACUCAAUUCACUGAAUUACCAUCAUAUAUGGACCAGAUAUUGCAUUUUGAUAUUGUUGCUAAUUCACGACUAAGCGCUCUGCCUUAUCUAACAGCUUGGAUUGGCGGCAUAGUAUUGUGUAUAUUUGCCGAUUGGAUACUUGCUAAAGGAUGGCUGUCACGCCUCAACAGCAUGAAACUGUGGAAUACUGUGUCUGCCUUCGUCCCAGCUUUCGGUCUGCUGGGGAUCGCGUGGGCGGGCUGUGACCGCUUAGCUGUCAUCCUGUUGCUUUGCAUUACGUCAGCUUUUGGUGGUGCUGCGUAUGCCGGUAAUCAAAUGAAUCACAUCGAUCUGUCGCCUCAGUUCGCCGGCACUAUGUACGGCAUCACAAAUGCUGCCAGCAAUAUAUGUGGUUUUAUGGCGCCAUACGUCGUUGGACAUAUUAUAAAGGCGGAUCAGGAAACCUUAGGACAAUGGCGCGAGGUCUUCUAUUUAGCAGCAGCCAUUGAUCUUGGCGCUAAUCUUUUCUACUUAUUCUUCGCUAGCACGGACGAACAGGAUUGGUCAAGACCUGACGACGACGACGACAUGACUGCGCCGGCGCCGGUGGAAAGUAUCCUGUUCUCCGAGUCAUAG